CCCCCUUCUGGUGUUGCUCUCUACUCUCUACUCUCUACUCUCUAUUCUCUACACUCUCAAGUCUCUUUUUCGACAAAGGACCAAGGACUAAGAGGAAAUCCUGGCUCUGCCCGUGCUUAUUCGGAAUCACCUCUCUCAAGGAUCACCUACACAAGCUCUCCUAGUCUACACCCAAAUUCGACGGCAAGGCAUCUACAGUUGGGGCGUGCUCCCCUUGAUUCUCAAGGCUUGUGCUGCUCUUUCCUCAAUGAACCAUGGGAAAUCGGUGCACGCAGAGUGUGUCAAGGCUGGUGUGCAUUGUGAUGUGUUGGUUGGCACCUCAUUGGUUGACAUGUAUGCGAAAUGCGGGGACGUUUUUGAGUCCCGGAAAGUGUUUGAUUAUAUGCCUCAGAGAAAUGUGGUAAGCUGGAAUGCCAUGAUUGGUGGGUACUGGAGAAACGGGGAUGCAGCAUCUGCGUUGGUUUUGUUUGAGAAGAUGUCAAUGCGGACGUAUGUGACUUGGGCUGAGAUGAUCACCGGGUUUGCAAGGACUGGAGAUACUGUUAGUGCUAGGCGGUUUUUUGAUCAGGUUCCACUGGAGUUGAAGAAUGUGAUUACGUGGACUGUGAUGGUUGAUGGGUAUUGCAGCAAUGGGCAGAUGGAGAUGGCGAGGCAAGUUUUCGAGGCAAUGCCCCAGCGCAAUCACUUUGUUUGGUCAUCAAUGAUUUCUGGGUAUUGCAAGUUAGGUGAUGUUGAGGAGGCUAAGAUCGUUUUCGAUAGAAUCCCAGUCCGGAACUUGGUGAAUUGGAAUUCGAUGAUAUCUGGAUAUGCGCAAAAUGGGUUUUGCGGGGAAGCUUUGAAAGCGUUUGAGAGCAUGCAAGCCCAAGGCUUUGAGCCGGAUGAAUUUACUGUUGUGAGUGUUUUAUCUGCAUGUGCUCAGUCUGUGCUAUUAGAUGUUGGCAAGGAUAUACAUAACAUGUUGAGUCAUAAAAGGAUAAAGCUCAAUCAGAUUGUUCUCAAUGCACUUGUAGACAUGUAUGCAAAAUGUGGCGACUUGAUCAAUGCAAGGUUGGUCUUUGAUGAGAUGACUGGGAGGAACAGUGCUUGCUGGAAUGCGAUGAUUUCAAGCAUGGCUAUUCAUGGACAGUGCAAGGAGGCUCUUGAAUUGUUUAGCAGAAUGGAGGAUUCAAAUGAAAAGCCUGAUGAGAUAACCUUUCUUUCUGUUCUGUCAUCUUGUGUGCAUGGAGGUUUAGUAGAAGAAGGCAUGGAACUUUUCUCCAAGAUGCAGAAGAAAUAUGGUUUGGAAGCAGGAAUUAAGCAUUAUGGUUGCUUAGUUGACCUUUUGGGACGGGCUGGAAGGUUAAGAGAAGCUUACGCUUUAGUCAAAAGUAUGCCCAUGAAACCCAAUGACAUGGUUUGGGGGGCUAUGCUUGGAGCUUGCCGGAUUUAUAUGGAUAUGGAAAUGACAGAACAGGUAGCAAAGGAUAUUAGCACCCAAAAUUCAGACAAUCAGUCAGGCGAUAAUUCACAUUAUGUGCUUCUGUCAAAUAUUUAUGCCGCUUCUGAUAGAUGGGAGAAAGCUGAAAGGACGAGAAUGGACUUGGUAAACGAAGGCUUUCAAAAGACACCUGCUCACAGUGCAUUUAUGCCCUGAGGCGCAUAGCAUGGAUGCCUUUUCAGGGUAGGAAGGAACCAGAAGAAUAGGUGGAUUGGGCGGCCAAAAAAAAGUGACUCCAUAUGCACAGAGAUUUGCUUCAGGAAAACUGCCUUUGAAAUCCUGCUUUGUAUGCACAUUAUUUGUUAGUACGUAACUACGUAUAAGAACUUGUGCAUAUAUGUUGGCAUUUCCCUUAUACAAAACUAGUGAGUCCUAGUUUAGGAGGUGCGUAUGAUCGAGAAUAAUAGAAAUGACACUCAAGCUUGAGGAACAAGUAAAGAGUCACAGGUGGUCGAGUUGGUAAGAGCCUCCAGGUGUGGAACCCCCACACUCGGGUUCGAAUCCCGCCGACGCUUAUUGGAGUUAAAUCCCAAUAUAUUCUUGGUGGCCAGGGGGGAGGAAGCGUUCUGACAAGAUCUCCCGAGCACGGAUUUGUCUCUGGGCCUAGGAAGCCUUUGAGGACACCGUGUGAUUGACAAAUCAAAAAAAAAAAAAAAAACCUAACCAGGGCCGGUCCUAAGCUUUUUGUGCCCAGGGCGAAAUUUGUUGUGUGCGCCCAACUAGCUUAAAUAGACAUCUAGUG